AUGAAAUCGUACGCUCGUGUCAUUAGACAUUUUUUUGAGACCACAACGUUUCAUGGUUUUAAGUAUCUCUACUCGAAAUAUUACUGUGAUAGGCUAGGAUGGCUACUAUGUUGCUGCGCAAGCGCUUGCUGUUCGGCGGUGUUGUGCGCAGUGGUGUGGGCGCGGUUCAUGCAGGUGCCCGCGCUGCUCACGCUGCAGGAGAUGGUGCAAGACCGUGAUGUGGAUAUGCCGCUAGUGGCCAUCUGCCCGCCCGUGGCAACCGUCGCUCGAAUGUUUUCUGAGCAUUUCGAGGUAAACGCUACAGUUGCAAAACAAUUACCCAGAAUAUUUGAGCGCAUUUUACGUCGAAAAUACGUAACAGAAGAACGUCUAGCUGUUCUCAGCGCUAUUAUAGAUAAAAAUGGCAUCACCUUUAAACAAGCCUUAUUUACUAUCAUGCCGGCAUGCGAAACUAUUUUGAGGGCAUGUCAAUGGCAGGAUAAAGCGAUAGCUUGUGGGCGGUUGUUUACUAAAAUGCUGACUCAAUGGGGAGUCUGCUGUACUGCAUUGCCUAAAGACUUUAAAACGGCCUCAGGUUCGUUGUCUCAAAUAGAAACAAUGUGGACAUUGAGCAUUACCAUGCAGUGUUAUAACCAGCCAAUGCUCCAUAAUUGUGAAUUCUUUACUAAAUAUGACGUGGAAGAAUGGUUCGAGCCGACGCCGCUUCGUCCUGGAUAUUCGUACGAAGCUCAUUUGACCUCAGUGUCGGUUAUAGAUAGCGACCUGGACAAGCUUUUUGAUGGAACCUGUGCGGCUCAUCAAUUGUAUUCGAGGAGUAGAUGCUUGUUGAAAUGUAUGGAACAACGAUGUGGAUGUUCAGAUGUAGUGCGAAUCAACUCACCUAAAGAAAUGAAUGUUCCGCCCACCUGUACCCUACAAAAGUUGAGCUGCCUAAGAGAUUUUAAACGGGAUAACAAUACCUGCAACUGUUUACCAACCUGCAAGAAGGUGACCACCUCCCUUGCGUUGGAAUCGAGUCGAAUGAGUGCUAUUGAGCAAUCUUUUAAUACUUUGUAUGCGAACGUCGACGUAUUGCUGGACAGUGUAAUCAAUAUCCGAAUGAGAAUCAGUGGGUCCAGAAUUUUCACCGUGAACCCGACAGAGACGUGGAUUACAUUACUGUCAUCCUUAGGUGGUGUCUUCAACAUGUUCCUGGGGAUUGGAUUUUUCAGCGCACUCGAGUUGCUGUUCUUGACAUUCUUGCGAUUGCCCAUUGUGAUGCGAAAAUCUACUGAAAUAGAGCACCCUAACACUUAGUAAUUUUAGCCUUUAUUUUCGAAUAUAAAUUUUGUAUUUACUGUAUACGCAAUAUAUUUUAUGGAGCUGGGAGCAAG